AUGUCUGCCACCGGUCACCAGAUGACGGCUACCACGCCCGUCACCUCUACCAACGCCAACGGUGCGGCUUCUACCCUCCACGGUCACACCAACCUCACCGACAACGCCAACGCCAAUGGCAAUGGCCAUCACAGCUUUGAUAACGAAAAGGCAAUUGCCGCUCACCAGGCUCCCACUUACAACGGCGGUGGUGUGGGCGGAAACUACCUCAGUCGAACCUUGACCCCAGGCGGUCACUAUGCCGACGACGAUCUCCUCGCCAUCGCCAACAGCCAUAGGAAGAUUGGUAAUCCUCUCCCCCUUGGUGUGUUCGGCUUCUCAACAACGACGCUUCUUCUGUCGCUGUACAACGUUCAGGUCCAAGGAAUCAACAUUCCCAACGCCGUACUCGGAUUUGCGCUCACCUACGGUGGUUUGGCUCAGUUCCUUGCCGGUCUAUGGGAGUUUGCUUCGGGCAAUACCUUCGGUGCCACCGUAUUCUGCUCCUUCGGAAUGUUCUGGUGGGGUUACGCGGUCCUCCUCAUUCCUUUCUUCGGCUUCAUGGGAACCUACAACGGUCAACCGGGCAUUUACGCCCAGGGCUCGCCUUACGCUGCUGAGGCCGACAAUGCGAUUGGACUCUUCCUCUGGAUCUGGUUCGGUAUCACCACCAUUUACUUGAUCGCAUCCACACGAGGCUCGGUCUCGCUGUUUGUCUUGAUCUUCCUGCUCUGGGUCACUUUUAUCUUUUUGGGAGCACACGCGUACACUGGCAAUGCGCACCUUCAGACCGCCGGUGGCGCUUUCGGCAUCGCUACUGGUUUCGCAGGCUUCUACUUGGGAACCGCUAGCUUCUUGAGCCCCUACAACUCGUUCUUCACGCUCCCCGUCAUUCCGCUCAGCAAGAGGGAGUGA